UACCUAACUCUUCCUUAUUGAACCAUCCGCAUAUGCGUUGUGGGUGACAUGCUUUUCAGCUCGCAAUGAUUACCAGGUGGCUCGCAUCUACUGGUCUAAUUGGUAUAAUUGCAGAAAUAUGAGCAGGCACACAAAUCCAAUAGAAAACGAUGCCCAAACAGUUCAUCUACUAAAGACUUUGAAAUAUGUAGGUAUUUGGCUUCAUAUUUCUCAGGCCGUGAUAUUGUAUAUAUAUCAUCUCUGACAUCUCAGUGCCAGUGGUCUACUGACACAAUUCCCUUCUUUCUUCCUCUCGACUUUUUGAAUCUUACAAUUUGAUACGCAUACACAUUCUACAAAUCAAUAUUAUUUCCCCCCAUCAACAGACAUGGCAGACAACGUGAAUACAGCGAUUGGCCUUUUCCAAUUUGCCAUCGACACGUUAGGCUACAUCCAACUCGCGCGAGAAUUCAAAGACGACUUUGAAACUCACCAGCUAAAGCUUGAUAUCAUCCAACUGCGACUUUCCCGCUGGGGUGAAAUUGCCAAUAUAACUCAGAUUGACAGUCUCAGCAAGAGCUCCAAUGAAAAUCCCAGCAACCUCACCUCUAUAAUGCGCAUACUUGAGGAAAUCCACGAUCGCUUAUGCAAAGCACGACGAGAAGCCGAAAAAGUGCAGAAAAAACUCGAUGGAAGUAGUGCAUCGACACUUGAUCCUGAAACAUGCAUCCCUCAAGAUUUGGCAAAAACUCGUGCCCGGUUUAAGAUUUUUCUCAAUAAGCGCAAAGCUCAGAUGUCGAAGGCGCACGAGGGCCUCAAAUGGGUAUUUUACAAAAAAGAACACUUCGAUAAAUUUGUAGCAAACAUCUCUGAGUUGAUAGAUGGACUUGAAAGUAUCAUGCCCGAGGGAGAACGCGAGAAGUUGCGCUUGCUGAGUAAUGAGGAGUGCAAGGGAAUUAGCAAGGCGAAUUUAGAAGAUCUGAAGGAUAUUGUUGAGGGAUCCGGAUGUGAUCCGUGGCUUGAGAGCUCGGUCGAGGAGGAGUUGAAUGGGAGGGUGGUUGGGACGGUUAUUAAUCAGUCGGGGAACACGGGGAGCACGGUGGGAAUUCACAAUGGGGAUAAUAAGGGGAUUAGUUAUGGGGCUAAGAGUAGGCAGAACAAUACUUUUAGUUAGGAUUGGUGAGGGUUUGAGUAGAUGCGAAUCUUAUGGUCAUUGAUAAUUUGUUCACGGUCUUUACUCAACUUAGUAUCCUGUGAAUGUUCAGCUGCAGGAGAACGUAACAAGUUUGUCAAUAAACUGCCCAAGGGCAUUUUGGGGUGUUAAUUAAUCACUUGAACAUACCCCUUUAAUAAAUAUUGCCCAGUCUAGUCUUGAUCUUGAGCGGAAACAUAUCGAAGCUUUAUGCGAUAGGGUUUAACCUAAUAUAUCAUCCAUCUUCGAUUCAAUGCUUUCUGGGACUCCUUUCUAACUAUAAACAGCACAAAAGUUUCGCAACGGUAUGAGAGAUAAUAGUUCGGUGAGUAUAUGACCUCUUUGAAUCAAUUCCUCAAAAUAUAAGUACACU